AUCCUAAUAAUUUAUCUCGUGAUACUAUGAUGAUUGCCAGAAAACAAUUUUCACAAAAAAAAACAUUAAAAGAUCAAUUUGAGGUGGUAUGGGAAUCGACAGCUCCAUAUAUUGACAUAAAUCGUGAUAAAAUUAAUAAUAAAACAGUUGGUCAGUCAAUGAUCUGGAGGGAAAUUGGUAACAAAGAAUAUACUACUGCAAAAAAUAAAGAUUAUUUACGCAAAUCAAUUGAAGCAUACACCAAGAGUAUUGCAUUUGCACCAGUUGGAUCCACUGAAUUGUCAUUGGCUUAUGCAAAUCGUUCAGCUGUAUUAUUCAAAGCAAGACUCUAUCAAGAUUGUCUUGUUGAUAUUGAACGUGCAUUGAAGGCAGGCUAUCCAGAUAAAUUGAAAACAAAAUUAUUUUUACGUCAAUCAUUGUGUUUCAAAGCAUUGAAACUAAGCUCACAUAUUGAGACAGGUAUUUCAAUGGCCAGUGCAAUGCAAUGGCUUCCUGACUUGAAAAAAUAUAAUCCAACAUACGACAUCAACAAAGAGUAUCCAAAGAUGAUCAAGGAACUUAAAGAACCACGUGAAAUUGUUAGAUAUUCACCAGAAAUAAAAAAUGAUAAUGCAAUAAUAGUUGGUGGAUCUGAUGCAAUUGAAUUGAAACAAACUGAAGAAAAUGAUCAACACAUUGUUGCAACAAGAGACAUCAAAUCUGGUGAAUUUAUUUACAUUUCUGAGCCAUUUGCAGCUACUGUUAGUGAUGAAUUACGUUUUACUAAUUGUUGGCAUUGUUGUCGUCAAACUUGGACUGGUGUACCAUGUGAUAAUUGUCCAAACAUCAUAUAUUGUUCGGACGAGUGUAAAAAAAAAGCAUGGGAUAGUUAUCAUAAUAUUGAAUGUUUAAUACUGGAAGAAAUUUUAAAAUGUAACCAUCUAGAUUCAGCAAAAUUAAUGGCAGUAAAAAUGAUUCUAAAGGCACUAAAUUUAGCAGGUGAUUUGAAAGAAUUAAAAAAAAUGAUUGACAAUAUUGACUCGGAUAAAAAUAAAGAUUUUAUCAUUACCAAAGGUAUUCUUGAUGUUAAUAGUAUUGAUAAUUUUCAUCGUCUUGAUUAUCCCAUAAAUACAUCAAAUGAUUUCAAAUUCGAAUUAACAUUACUUGCUGUACGGAUUGUUAAAAUUUUUAGUCAAAAUACGAAUAUACUUGAUCAACAAAUGACAAAUAAAAAUUUGAUUAAGAAUAAAGAAACAUUAAUUUUGGGAGAAUUAAUGUUGCGAUAUUUGAUGAUGGCUUAUCGCAAUGGUCAUUUGUUUGUUGAUGAUCAUAACAUAACACUUGGUGAUCAUGCUAGGUCACAUGUCGUGUUACCAAUUUGUAAGAUAUUAAAAACAAGCUGUGAUUCAAAUAUCGAUUGGGUUUACUUGGGUUCAAACGUUGGAUUUUAUGCCGGUAAACCAAUUAAGCAAGGAGAACCAAUACUUCAUAGUAUGUUUGGACAGUAUAGUGCAUUGUCAAAAGAUAAACGACAUUUAGCAUCAGGAAUGUUUACUGAUGAUCCUGUACCAUGCAAAUGUACAGCAUGCAUUGAAAAUUGGCCAACCCUAGAUUAUCUUCCAUCUCAUCAGCGUAUGAUGUUGCCAGCAAGUAUAAAGAGAGAAUUAAAUUAUAUGACACUUAAGAUGAAAGAGUGGGAAGAACGCAUUGGUAACGGAGAUACUAGAGAAUUAAUGACAAUGAAGGAUACUUUGAAUAGUAUGAAUGAUAAAUAUCAUCAAUACAUCACUGUUCCUUGUCGGGAAGUAUCAAUAUUGUAUUUACUAAUUAGAGCCGUAUAUAGUCGUCUACAUCCAGUUUAUAAUGUUUUUGAGUAAUUGUUUCUCAACAAAAAAAUACAGAUACAUUUUCCAUAUAAUCAACAAGAUAAAUGAAAAAUCAACAUUAGUUAAAUGCUUUUGUUGGUAUAUUUUUUAUCGUUUAAAUUUAAAUCAUUCAAAUCAUCAAGAAAUUAAUAACUUUAAUAUGUUCUAAAUUUUUUAAAAUAUCUUGGAGAUUAUUUUAUUUACAUGUUCUAAAAUUUAUCGCUUGUAUAAAUUUAACAGCUUAUUGAAUUCUUGGUAUUUUUACAUUUAUAAAAUUUUUGUUUGGUCUUGGAUUAUUCAUUUGUACUUGUUUUUCUAUUUGAUUUAAUUUAAUCAAAAAAUACAAUAAUAAGUGUCAACAUGUAAUAAAAUUAAAAAACAAUUUAAUAAAUAAUUGAAAGUGUAUAUUAUUUUAAAUUAGUUAUAUUUAUAUUUAAAUGAUUAAUCAAAUAUAUAUUUUUUUAAUUAUUAGAAAAUUAGACAAGUUUUUUUUUUACAGGAUGGCAAAUAAUGAUGGUCUAAUUAGUCGAAAUUCUUUUUUUCAUUGUUGAAUUUCUAGUUGAACAAAAUGUAAUAUUAUUUGAAAACUUGAAUAAAAAAUAAUCAUUAUAUAA